UUCACCAAAGACAAAAUAAAUACAGCUUAACAAAUAAAAACCCUAAAUCAACGAAAACAUAGCGAAGCCGCUGAACCAACAAGUUUGGAUCCGACCGAUCUCAACACCAUCCUGGUUUAUCGUCUUCCGCCAGAAUCACUGAGAAAUUCAUCAUUCAGUUGCAAUUUUAAACCUAUAUUUGAAAUAGAAAAUGUCAAGUAAGAAGGAAGAAAAGGCUCAGGUUGCAGCUGAUAGAAUCAAGGCUGCUGCAUUGACUGCUGCCAAAGGGCUUAGUCGAGCUCAAGCAGAACGGGCAGCAACUGCGGCUGCUCGAAAUGUUAAUGCUUAUGGUCAGAAGGAAGAAGGGCCGAGCAGAUGGCAAGAGAAAAGGGAAGCGAAGAGACAGAUGUAUUUGAUGAGUACUGAGAAAGCUGUUAAAUUGGGUGAAAGGAAGGAGCUUAAGCCGACUAUGUCGACGAUCGGUGGGAAUGCGCAGUGUCAAAAGUGUUACAGCAAUAAACACUGGACGUAUGAGUGCAAGGGUGAGCGGGUUUACAUUUCGCGGCCUUCUCGGACCCAGCAACUUAAAAACCCUAAGUUGAGGGUGAAAGUGUCCGAAGUGACAAUGGAAAGUGAUUUGGGUUAUAAUAAUCGGAAUGAUCCUAAGGAGGAAAAUGUUAAAGUGAGUUCCAAAAAGACCAAGAGGAAGCAUCGGUCUGCUCCUAGUAGUGAUAGCGAGGAUUCGGUGUUUGAGACUGAUAGUGGCAGUGGAUCAUCGUCUGUUACAGGGUCGGAUUAUUCUUCUGAGAGUAGUUCGGGUUCUAGUUCAUCAUCAGAUUCGGAGGAAGAAAGGAGACGGAGGAAGAGGAAGAGUCUGAAGAAGAAGCAGGCUGAGAAGAAGAGCAAAGGGAAAAGCAGGAGGUACAGUACAUCAUCUGAAUCGUCUGAUUCAGAUUCUGGUUCAGACUCUGAUUCCGAUGAUAAAAGAAGCAAGAGGAAGAAGAGGCACAGUCGAAGACGUUGAAUGAAACUGACGAAUGUAUGGAGCAGCUAUGACUUUGGUGAGUAGGUGUUAAACGGUAUCAUUGAUUGGCUCCACAGACACAAUCUUCAAAUUUUAGCAGAUAUAAUGUAGAAUAAGCUUUGCUAGAUACUUGGGUUGUACGUAUUCUCUUUCAUUAACUUUGUCAUCUUGAGAAACUUGGAAGUUUGAUUUUAUCUUUAAUGUUUGAUUUUAUGGAUGAUGCUCUAUGUAUCUUGUGAUGCUUAAGUAGUUAUAUGGAUUUUGCAAUUGGUGCAAGCUUCACAAAUUCUGUCA